AUGGCGCUGGCCACCCCGACAGCCGUGGUGCUGGAGCUGAUGACCAUGGGGCAACAGUCCGCGGCGCACCUCGGGGAGCUGCUCCGAGCAGCGUCCCCGCCCGUGCGGGCCGAGCACCAGGCGCUCGCCGCGGAGAUCCUCCGCUGCAGCGACCGGGUGAUCGCCGCGGUGAGCGCGGGCGCCACCGAUAAAAAGAGGAAGAUGACGGACCCUAGCGCCACAUCCUGCCAUCUUCCCUCGGCCGCCAUGCCGUCCAAAAGAAGGGUACGUGCUGCGGAGGCGCACAUAGAGGUCCAGGCGCACACGACGGCGGACGGGUUCGUGUGGAGGAAGUACGGGCAAAAGGACAUCAACGGAAGCAACCACCCGAGGCUCUACUACCGCUGCGCGUUCAGCGGCGAGGGCUGCGCCGCGACCCGGCGGGUGCAGCGGUCGCAGGAGGAGCCCGCGGCGUUCGUGAUCGCCUACUACGGCGAGCACACCUGCGGAGCGGGCUUUGGCGACGCGUGCCAGCAAGGGGCGGCGACGGUGCCUCCUACCGUCGUCGACUCCGGCUCAAACGCUCGUGGAGCCGUUGGUGCCGUCGACUGGAACAGGGGCUCGCUUCUGCUGCCGUCGCUCCCAGCCGAGCACGGCGCACGCCGUCACGGCGAGGCGCCCGGUGACACGUCGCGGGGAUGGUUGUCACCGUCGUCCUCGUCCUACUCGUCGGAGGUGGAACUUGGUGCUUCUUCUGUCGGGGAAUUUCUCGAUGGUAGCUUCGACUGGGAGUGGGAGACCGUUGUCAACUCCCUCCGUUUCGGCGAUCUGCUUCAGUAA